AAAUAAAAUGGAAGCCAUAUAUUAAGAUUUUAAAGAAGAAAAAAAAAAGGAAGAGAGGGUGAGUUUGUUGAUUCAUUGUUUCUUUCUUGCUGUUUCAUGAGAUCAAACUAAACACCACACAAACAAGCUCUUCCUGCGCCUCUGUCUUUCUUCCUAAUUUUGUAACUUCCUGUGGAAACAUCGUCAUCUUCUUUCUUACGUCUCUCACUCUCAACCAACCACCCCAAGCGUCUCUGUUCUUCCAUUCAGUUUCUUACCUUUCUUCAGUUCUUGUAUGUGCAAAGAAAUUACACACCUCCAUUAGUAUUUUUCCUGUUUUAAUUGCAUAUUAUGCGUCUUUCAACCUCCGGGAUUUGAUUGCAUAUUAUUGGACACUCAUAGGUCUCCAUACCUGAGCAAAUCUUGUCCUUAUUCAAAUCCCUCAGCACGCGAAGCUCCCUUAUUUGUGUUUAGUUCCUUUUCUUACAUACACAACCAAGUCAAUUUUUGUUUUUUAGCUAUUUGGGUUACAUGGGAUGAUACAAUAACCUCUGGUAUCUUUCCAACGCUGAGAAAAUCAGAUGCAUCGUGCUAAAUUUUCUCUUACACCCAAGAGUGAAGUCAAGGACUUGACAGGUUCAAGUUUUCACAGUUACAAGCAAAGCAGUCCUCUGGAUCCCAUUGACGUUUCUUCAUCUUCGGAUGAUGAAAAGGACCUCGCUAAUGAAAAUGUGUCUAAUCAAUUAGUCCUUUAUGAUCCUGUGACAAAUGGAAACAAUGCAAUCGAACUUGCACCUGAUCCUCUCCGGUGUGAACCUCCAAUGCUAUCGAGAAAACAACCUUCACAUUCAGUUCCUAGAAUUUUGCCUUCAGUUGGUGCUUUCACUGUUCAAUGUGCAUCCUGCUUUAAAUGGAGGUUGAUUCCAACAAAGGAAAAAUAUGAAGAAAUCCGUGAACAUAUUCUUGAACAGCCUUUUGUUUGUCAAAAAGCUCGGGAAUGGCGACCAGAUGUAUCUUGUGAUGAUCCAGAGGAUAUUUCUCAGGAUGGCAGCAGGAUUUGGGCUAUCGAUAAGCCAAAUAUUGCGCAGCCUCCGGCUGGAUGGGAGCGACUGCUAAGGAUCAGAGCUGAAGGAAGCUCCAAAUUUGCAGAUAUAUAUUAUGUGGCACCAACAGGCAAGAGAUUACGCUCAAUGAUAGAGAUCCAGAAGUUCUUGACGGAACAUCCUGAGUAUACAAGAGAUGGAGUUACGCUUUCACAGUUCUCAUUUCAAAUACCAAGGCCAUUACAAGAAAACUAUGUGAGGAAGCGUUCCGCUAGACUUACCUCUUCAUAUGAAGCCAGUGGACCUGUUGAACAUGAGCAAGUGACUCCUCUAGCAUGGUUAGGCCCAGAAGACCAUGGUGAUUUGCAUGCUGGAAGACUGAGGCUUCCUGUUCCUUUCAUGGGAUCCCAUGAUCUUGAUUCUAUCGGUAUCAGCCCUCCUGCAAAGAGGCAAGCAACUCAGAACUCUUUUCAUAAAGAGGACCUGUAGUUUGAUGCUUGUCUUCUCGGUGUGGUGAAAACAGAAGGACCCUGAUCAACUCUCUAUAUAUCCUUUUCGAUGGAGCAUUCAAGGUUUAAUAUAAGUUUUCCAAAUCAUGUGGGAUAACAGUCUACAGAAGGACCGUUGUCUCAGCGACUCAAGAUCUUGGCCUUCAUAGUAAAGUUGUAUUUUGUAUGUGAAAUUUUCAGGUGUGGAAGGACUUUUAUUUGUACAAAAAGAAAAAUGGGUGCCUUCCCUUACAGAACAUUUAAGCCUUGUUGAGUAACAUUCUGAUGUGAAAAAUGGCGGGUUAUUUGUUUGUAAUAGUAAGUUAAUGGUAUUUGUUCGUCAUUUGAGCUUCUUUUAUAAAUUUUUUAUUCCA